AUGUCUCCCGCCCUCUGCGCGCCCAACGCGCAGCGGCGGCAGACCACCCUCCGGUUCGAGGGGCGCCUGGGGCUUAGCGGGCUGCCUCCGCCAGAGUUUGGCUCGCCCACCGGCGGGCUGUCACCCUGCCACGGGUCGCAAGCCCUCUGCCGGCCGGAGCGCAGGCUGCGCGGGCUUCCAGCAAUUGGUCCCUUGGCAAGCGCGAAUCGAGACCCGACGGUAGGCUGUGAAAGUGAGGCGUGGUCUGUUCUCGCCAGCUACGAGGCCACCAGCCAGAAGGCGAUACUCGCAGCAGCCGGGAUGUCGACGUCGCUCGACCUCGGCGGCGGGCUGAUGCCGUCCGCGCAGCUCGAGUCGCUGCUCUCGCAGAUGGUUCAGGGCGACCCCGAGCAGAUCCGGCAGGCCGAGGAGGCCCUCACGCCGGCGCUCAGCACGCCUGCCUUUAUGCUCGACCUGCUGACCCGCCUCACCCAGUCUCAAGCCGCCCACGUCCGGCAGCUGGCGGCGGUGCUGCUGCGCCGUCGCAUCGGGUCGCACUGGCGCAAGCUCGGCGCCGCCAACACCAACCGGAUCAAGGCGACCCUGCUGCAGGUCCUCGCGACCGAGCCUGAGG